AUGACGAUUCGUAGCUCUUUAACUCUAACACGAAAAGCAAUCUUACUAACUCUAGUCGUCCUUAUAAGUAUUUUUAUCUUCUAUCAAAAUUCGUUGAUAAAACGUCAAAUAACGUUUGUACCUCAAUAUAGUCUCAACCAUCGGUUGACACUAAAAUCCAAUCCGACAUUCAAAAAGGUGUUCAUUGCACAUUAUACAACGUCAUAUGGAGUGCGUACAGAUUCGACAUCAAAAAUUUUCAGUGAGAAUUUACUGAAAAUAUGUGAAGUAUUAAAUCCGGAGGAUUAUCCACUUGCUGAUAGUGUUUUUAUGAAUAUUGUCGACUUCGCUCGAUUUCCUCCGUCAUAUCGACAUCUGCAUCCGUCGCAACUAUGGAUCUUUCACUCCGAAGAAUCGCCACGAAAUUCAUACCGCACAGCCGAAGUGAAGAAUCUGACUGAGCUUGAUAAUUGGUUUAAUUUAACAUCAACCUUCAGUGCAGAUUCGGAUUUCCAUAUUCAAUAUCGCGGUUAUCGCAUCAAACCUGAAAUAGGCGAUCUUCUACAAAGUAAAUUCAAAAUUAAUCUUACUCAAUCGAUCUUUCCGACAUCAGAUACAUGCACAAAUUCAUCUUCAGUCUACCUGAAUACAAUCACUUCUAUUCUUCACUCAGAAUUGGUUACACGUCAAAACCUUCUCUUAAAACUUUGUCCUUAUACAUGCAAUCAGCCAAUUCCAUUCCAUGCACUUCAACUUCUUCAACCGUAUUUGAAUCUGAGUACAUCUCGUAGUUCGAAUCGCGAUAUUGUUUAUAUUGCUUGGUUUGUAUCCAAUUGCAACACACAUUCUCGCCGAGAAGAAUAUGUCGCGAAGCUACGUUCGCAAAAAGGCAUCCGUAUCGAUAUAUUUGGCAAUUGCAAAUCAAUUUACCAUUCUUCAAUUCCACAAGUCCAGUGUCAAAAAGGUACUCCAAAUUGUACUCAACAAACCCUGUCAUAUUAUCGAUUCUACCUGUCAUUUGAGAAUUCAAAAUGUGACUCAUACAUUACUGAGAAGUAUUGGAUGCAGGGGACGAACGGUCAAGCUAUACCCAUCGUUCUAGGAGCAAAGAAAGAACAAUAUCAGCGUACAGCAGUACCGUUUUCAUAUAUUCAUGUAGAUGAUUUUGCUUCUGUUGAAGAUCUCGCUAUAGAACUUCACCGGUUAAAUCAAAACGAGACAGAAUUUAGUAAGUUCCUUCAAUGGACACAAUUGUAUGAUGUCUCAACUCAAUAUUCUCCAACGCCAGUGAUGGAUAUGCAUGCUACACUUUGUUUCCUUGGUCAUUAUCAACAUCUACAUGCAACUGACGAAAAAAGUGAACAAAUCAACUAUGCAAUGGCAACUAUUCGAAAGAUAUUCAAUGUAACUAACGUUCGUUUACCAAAUUUCGAUUGGGGAACCGCACGAACAAAACUAAUACGUAUUAGUCAAUUUUAUAAUCCGUCUGUUAAUUGUUGGGAUAGUUCCUAUCCGUCGAUAUUUAAACAAAUUUACAAUCAUUUAUUUACAUGGUGGAAAUUUUUUUAA